CGUUCCGUGCAGUUUGUGGAGUUCCUGUUUUUUGUGUGUGUUUUGUUUUUAACAAACUGUGAAAAUGGAGCUCUUCGCUGUGAACGAAUAGAAAUGAGGAAGUGUUUUCCUUGAUAUCAAGUUGUGUGUUAUCUGAGUAUCUGCAGUGGUUGUGUCCUCCUGACUGCCAUGGAUUUCUAUAUCAGACACACAUGGGACAGCUUACCUGUGGAUCACAAGCCCGUCAAGAUCCGUUUCUCUCCUGGGGAGGACGGUUUGUUAAUGCAGGUGACUGCGCCUUUCUUUAAUGACCCCCCUGCACCAGCCGGACCACCAGGAGAACCGUUCCCUGGUCUCUGGGACUAUGAAGUGGUAGAGUCCUUCUUCCUGAACAGCGAAACAGAGCAGUAUCUUGAGGUUGAAGUCUGCCCACAUGGACAACACCUUAUUCUGCUGCUGAAUGGAAAACAUAAUGCAUUUAUGCAACAGCUCCCUCUAUCAUUCAGAGCCAAUAUAGAGGACAGCACAUGGCAUGGUGAAGCACUUCUACCUUGGAGGUAUUUCCCUCAGGGCAUUAAUAAGAUGAACUCCUAUGCCAUCCAUGGUUCUGGUGCAGGAAGAACCUACGAGUCUCUGUAUCCUGUGCCUAGAGAAGACCUUCAGGAAGGACAGGGACCAGAUUUUCAUCGGCUUGAGUAUUUUCAAGACUUCACUCUGCAAAGCAUCAUGGGAGAAGACUGGGUUCAGCCAGAGUCUGACCUGUGGGAUUUAGCCAGGAAAUGACCGGCUGAAAAUCACAAGCAGAGUCCAACCUGUCUCAUAACCAGCUUUUAAUGCAGUAAUUACUUGUAAUUUGCUUCCAUGUCUAUGUUAGAGCACAAACUCCACUGCAGUCUAAUCAGAGUUAAUGAUGUGGCUUGUUUUAAUGUGGGUGUAAUGGCAAAAUAAUGGCUUUUAUUAUCACAAUUUAAUAAAUCUUCCUUCAGUAAAGCAGCACUAAUCUAAGCUGUAAGUAUUCCAUCCAGCAUCAAAUAUCAACGCACGUGUAGUAAACGGGAAUGACAUUUUUAUACAGAAAUGAAAUGGUAAAAGGUGGAAGUAAAGCAUUAAAUAAACAAUUGAUAACAAUUCA